AUGUGGCAUCAAGAUUGGAGGACCUGUAUCUGGAAGGGGAACAUUGCUGAGUGGUCGUCAGGGAUACCUAUGUACAAACCUGUGCCCCCAUACCUGACUUUUGCCUUCAGGGACUGUGAUUGCCCCAUUAUCAGCUGUGCCAUCAUCCUGCUGAGCAGCGGGUGUUCACACAGGACAACCCAGCUGUGGUACCAGCUCAGAGACGAGGACCUGGAAACAGUACAGGCUACCUGUCUUGACCUUAAGGGCCUUAACAACAACAAUAGCCACCCCAGGAUCCAGCCUUACGUGAAUGAAGCUGCUAUGCAAGCACAUGACAACCACUGCUUCACCACAGACCAUGAUGAGAGCACCAGAAAGCUGGCCACUGCGGGCCACAGUCUGGAUAAGGACCCCUGGAUCCUCACGCCCAGUACUUUGAGCCCCAGCAUCUCCUCCAGCUCUCCUCACACCCAGGCAAUGGUGCACAUAGAGAAGCCUGCACAGACUCAGCCUGCCUUAGGACCUACCCCAGAAAUGCCAGGACAGGUAGCAGCAAACAUCCCAGAGUAA